AAUGGUUGGAGUGGUUGGGGUAGGGAGCGGACAAAUUGGGAAAGUUGAGUACAAUACAAUCAGAGCGAUAAAUGUGCAUCAUUGGCAGGGGCGGACUGACAACUCAUGGGGCCCCCGGGCAAUAGGUGAUCAUGAGGCCCCUGUGUCCUCGCCCAAACUCAAAAAAGCCUAUGAAAAAGGUACCAGGGGCAUCUCAUGGGGGCCCCCUACUGACCCCGGGCCCUCGGGCAGUGCCCGAGUUUCCAAAUGGUCAGUCCACCCCUGAUCAUUGGUUGACACAGAA